AUGUCUAGAUUUGCCGGUUCGGAUCAAAGCAGUCCAAGACUGAUUUGGCCUCUUGUUUGUGCACUUUUGUGUUUUGGUUAUUUAUGCAUUGCUUACCCCAGCCACGGCCGUCGCUUGAUAUGCUGGCAAGCAAUUCUGAACUGUCAGUCGGAGCCAGAGUGCCACUACGCAUAUGGGCAGUACUUGCAUGCCUGUGCGUCAAUACUGAAUGGAGAGAAAACGAAGUGUCCGAGUCACUGCAUAUCCUCGCUUGUGCAGCUCAACCUCACUAAAAACGGCCCAGCACUGGAGGAUUGUAGUUGUGCCUCGGACCUUGUAUGUCGAAACACCAAACGUGCCAUUGAACCGUGCCUUCCAAAAAUCAGUAACGUGGGAUGUACGCAAGCGCGGCGGCAGUGCGAAAGAGACGCUCAGUGUAGAGCUGGAAUGACUGAAUAUUUAAAACACUGUAGCAAACUCUUCAGCGGAUCGACCUGUACGAACGCAUGUAGAAAUGUUAUCGCAUACAUGCGAGGAAUACCAAAAGCGCAACUCUUGGAUACUUGCGUCUGUGACGGCACUGAGCGGAACAUUUGCGAAUACGUUAAAAUCAGUAUGAAAAACCUUUGUUUCGACCCUCCACCCACGACUGAUGAAGGCAGUGGGUCGGAUGAUGAGGCUGAUAUCGAAGAAGACUUUCCUGAAGAUCAGGAGUUGAUUCAAAACAUUGCUUUUCUUGUCUUUGGCAUCUCCGGCUACACAAUGAGCAUCACCGACGGCAUUAAUGUCCUGACCCGGCUGCACAAGACACUGCCGAGUUCCACCCUGAAGACUGUCGCGUUGUAUCGGCUGUGA